ACAGCGCUAUUAAAUAUAUUUUCUGUUAUAUACAUAUGUGGUGUCGGGGAUGAUAAGAUACGUGAUGUGACAUGAUGGUGGUAGAUAUUUAUGAUGGUAGAUAUUUCUACCAUGAUAAGAUAAAGUAAUGUUCUAAAGUGACCUUUAGAACAAGUUAUUUUAGGUCAAGUAACAUAAAUAUGACGAUAUCGUAAGCCAUUUACUUGAGACAACGGUAAUUUACGGUAGUUUGUCCGCUCCUUUUACAUCGCAUUAUAAAUAUAUAUCUUCAAGAUGGAACUCAAGUGUACAGUUCAGACGUAUGCUUGGGGAAAAUGUGGUGAAAAAAGUAUCAUAGCAAAGUUAAAACAAUCAACCGACGCUGAUUUCGUAAUAGAUAAGGAGAAAACUUAUGCAGAAUUAUGGAUGGGUACUCAUGAGAAUGGUCCAUCAUACCUCAAGGAUAAAGAUAUGCCCUUGCAGACAUACAUUCAGGAAAAUCCGGAUGUGUUAGGCAGUGAUGUAGUGCAAACGUUUGGCACCAAUUUGCCUUUUCUCUUUAAAGUCUUGUCUAUAAAUAAAGCUUUGUCCAUUCAAGUGCAUCCAAAUAAGGAAAAAGCAGAAGAACUGCAUCAAUUAUAUCCGGAUGUCUAUAAAGAUUCGAAUCACAAACCAGAAAUGGCAAUAGCUGUGAGUUCUUUUGAAGCGCUGUGCGGAUUCCGUCCAGUUGAAGAGAUAAAAGAAUAUCUGGAAUAUAUACCAGAGUUAUGCGCUGUCGUAGGGAAAGAAAAUGCUGAAAACUUAUCUAGUGCAAACUUAUCUAAAGCUAAUUCUACGCCCAGCCAUCAUCUGCAACAGUGUUUUUACAGUCUUAUGGAUUGUGAUCCUGGAAAAGUGGCAAAGCAAUUACAAAAAUUGAUAGUUAGACUACAAAAGACAGACAGUCAUCAUAAGCAAUGGGCACAUGCCGACCUAUUAAACCGCUUGCAUAGUGAUUACCCUGGAGAUGUAGGCUGUUUUACAAUAUAUCUGUUUAAUUAUGUGAGCUUGAUGCCAGGUCAAGCCAUGUACAUUGGACCAAACGUACCUCAUGCGUAUAUCUCUGGCGAUUGCGUAGAGUGCAUGGCAUGUUCGGAUAACGUGAUAAGAGCUGGACUUACACCAAAACCGAAAGAUGUGAAAACUUUAAUCGAAGUAUUGUCGUUUGAACAAUCUUCUGUCGAAAUGAUAAAUCCAUCCUGGGAGGAUAAUCACACUCAAGUUUUUCGUCCGCCAGUUUCAGAAUUUGCAGUUGCUAGAAUCUGUGUACCAAAUAACAGCCUUGAACUAUCACACGAUAUCAGUCAGGCUUACACUUUACGACCAAGAAAUUCGGCUAGCAUCCUCUUAAUAAUACAUGGUGGAAUAAAAACAAAAACUUCCAACAAGAUUUUUUCCGAAGGCAAUGUUUUGUUUAUUCCAGCCAAUAAUGAAGUGGACAUAGAUAUAUUAAGUAAUCCUACACUGAUGUUUCAAGCAUUUUCAAAUGUUUGAGAAUGUAGAAUUAAAUCGACAAACACUAACGCAUAUGAAACGUAAAAUAGCUAAUCUUUUAAAGCAAUUGUUAUACGUUAAAUUUCUGGUAUGCAUAAUAAUGCCGAAUUUUCCAAUCGCUAGUAUAUGCGACUUUGUCAGGAAUAUGUGAAAAGCAUUAUCUUGAAAAGCACAAUUAUGAAAUUUAUAUUCAUUUAUAUUUAUUUGUUUGAAAAUUUGUUUAUAUUUAUUUGUUUUUUUCGUAACUAUAAGGAACGUUAUAUUCAAUCGAGAUUUUAUUUAAAAAAGUAUAUCUAUAAAUAUAUAUAAAAGUCAAUCAUCUUCCGAA